AUGGCGUUGUCUAUGUGCUAUUUGAGAAAGGAUGGAUCCACUAAAGGUGGUUAUGGAAUAUCUCCAUUGAUAUAUCCCAACUUGUCUUUGCCAGAAAUAUACAUCUCUACAACUUGGGACCAAGUAAGAGUGUUCCUCUUCCUCUUCCUCUUCCUCUUCAACCCCGCUGCCGCCGCAGCCACCAGGCCCAGCACCAACAAGACAGCAACCAAAACCCAGCUUUACAACCCCAUGCGCCACCCCUACCGUCCUAACCCCACCGCCCGCAACCUCAGCAGUCGACGCUUCAGCUGCCGCCGUUGCUUCUGCCGAUCUUGCUUCGGGUCCAUUAUCCUACUCAUUGCUAUUUUCUUCCUUGUCGCAAUUGCCGCCGCUGCCUUCUACAUACUCUACCACCCCCACCGCCCUGCAUUCUCCGUCUCCUCCCUGAAAAUCACCCAGUUCAACCUCACCACCACCACCUUCGACGGCACAACCCACUUAACAACUCAAUUGAACCUUACUCUUUCCGCCAAAAAUUCCAACACAAAGGUGAUAUUCUACUACGAUCCCAUGUCCAUCACAGUGUCAUCUAAUCAAGUAACCAUAUCAUCUGGUUCUUUCAAAAAUUUCACCAAUUCACCAGGCACCAUUUUCAUAAUACACGCCACAACUGGAUUAAACUACCAAUUAUUAGACGGGGACGAAUUGAAUUCAUUGAAGUCAGAUCUGAAGAAGAGAAAUGGGAUCCCAUUACAGAUUGUGGUGGACACGAUGAUAGGGGUGAAAAUGGAAAAGCUGAAGACCAAAAAGGUCGGAAUCAGAGUCAAGUGUAAUGGCAUUCGUGGAUGGGUGCAAAAGGGCAAAAAUCCUGCCUUGGCCAAUACUUCUGAUGCAAAAUGUAAGGUUGAUCUCAAGAUCUUCAAGUGGACCUUUUAGUUUAAUUAUUAUUAUACUUCUUGCUUUUCAAUGGGGA